CGGAGGCACGCUGGUGGCCCGGGCUGGCGGGCCCCUCGGUGCCACUUCCGGCGGUGUGAGACAUGGCCGCGAGCCGAGACCGCGGGGACUUGGCUGUCCGGCAGCUUGUGUUCCUACUUCCAGAAUAUUUAAAAGAUGCCUCAAAGAAGACGAAGAGUGGUCUCCUGUUUGUAAAACUGGCCAACCCGCGCUCAGGGGAAGGAGCCUUUUAUUUAUUUGAUAUGUGUCUGCAGCAGCUGUUUGAAAUAAAAGUUUUCAAGGAAAAACACCGUUCAUGGUUUAUAAAUCAAUCAGUUCAAUCAGGGGGGCUUCUCCACUUUGCAACACCCAUGGAUCCUCUGUUUCUGCUCCUUCACUACCUCAUAAAGGCUGGCAAAGAGGGAAAGUACCAGCCCUUGGAUCAGGUGGUCGUGGACGACAUGUUUCCAGAUUGCAUCUUGUUGCUGAGAUUUCCUGAGCUUGAGAAGUCACUUCGGCAUGUGACAGAGGAGAAAGAAGUAAACAGCAAGAAGUACUACAAGUAUAGCGCAGAGAAGACCCUGAAGUGGCUGGUGAAAAAGGUCAACCAAACUGUGGCAGCAUUGAAAGCCAAUAAUAUCAAUGUGGGAGCCCGGGUACAGUCAUCUGCAUAUUUCUCUGGUGAUCAGGUUUCCAGGGACAAGGAAGAGGAUUACGUUCGCUAUGCCCAUGGUCUGAUCUCUGAUUACAUCCCUAAAGAAUUAAGUGAUGACUUAUCUAAGUCCUUGAAGCUUCCAGAACCUCCAUCUUCAAUUCCAAACCCUCCAUCAAAGAAACUAAAGGUAUCAGAUGAGCCUGUAGAAGCGAAAGAAGAUUACACUAAGUUUAACACUAAAGACUUGAAGACUGGCAAGAAAAAUAGCAAAAUGACUGCAGCUCAGAAGGCUUUGGCUAAAGUUGACAAGAGUGGAAUGAAAAGUAUUGAUGCUUUUUUUGGUGCAAAAAAUAAGAAAGCUGGAAAGAUCUGAAGCGGUGAGAAUAAAAUCUGAUGAAGCAGAAAGAGAA